CUUCUAAUAUUCAACCGGCAGGGAAACUUGACUUCAACACAACCCUUGCACACAUUCAAAUGAAAAUCAUCAUCGAAUGAUCAAGCUUCAUCACUGUUCACGACUUCUUCUCACAACAUUCUUCAAUCUCGUGAAGGUGUUUUCAGCUUUAAACAGUUUAGAAAUGAAACGGUACUUUCUACUUCUGAUUUUUCAACUCUCUUUAAUUCUUCCUAUCAUUGUUCGUGCUCAGAGUCAAUCAGGAUUCAUCAGCAUUGACUGCGGACUUGUGGAUGAACCAAGCUACACAGAUGAAACUACAGAAAUCUAUUACUCUUCUGAUAUCAACUUCACAGACGGUGGUGUAAGCCACAGCAUAUCAUCUACAUAUAAGGCUUCCCUUGAAAAACAGUUCUGGAAUGUUAGAAGCUUCCCCGUUGGAACCAGGCACUGCUAUACCCUGGUUUCUCAAGGAAGUGGCAAGAAAUAUUUAGUGAGGGCAAGGUUUGCAUAUGGAAGUUACGAUGGAAAAGACUCUCUUCCCGAAUUUGACAUCUAUCUGGGAGACAAUUGGUGGGGAUCAGUGGUGUUUGAGGAUGCAUCCAGUGUAGUCACCAAGGAAAUCAUUUAUGCUGCUUCCUCAGAUUAUGUUCAUGUCUGUUUAUUCAACACUGGAAAGGGUACACCUUUUAUUUCAGUUUUAGAGGUUAGAAUUCUUAACAGUGAUGCCUACCUAGUCAACUAUGUGGAGCUCUUGGCAAGGUUUGAUGUAGGCUUACAAGAUGGUGAAAUAGUCAGAUUUCCGGAUGAUGUCUAUGAUAGAAUAUGGACACCUUAUAACUCAAAUGACUGGAAACAGAUACAUACCCUCCUUACCCUAGACCAUGGUGCUACUUCAUAUAACUUUUUACCAUUGCCACCCUCCAUUGUCAUGGGAACUGCAGCAAUUCCAGCAAAUGACACGGACAAUAUAGAGUUCCACUUCCUUCCCAAGCAUAAUUCUUCCACACUUUAUGCGUACAUGUUUUUUGCAGAAAUCCAGAAGCUUGAGGCAAACCAAAUAAGAGAGUUCAACAUUUUUGUAAAUGGGAGCAUUUUAAAUAUUGAUCCAAUCAAUCCUGUGUACCUGCAGAGUGGGUAUAAUAUAGCUAUAAGUGAAAAUUCGUUGGAACUUUCGAUUAAUAAAACUAGUAGAUCAACUCUUCCACCUCUUCUCAACGCCAUUGAGAUAUAUAUGGCAAGAAACUUCUCACAAUCAGAAACAAAUCAGAAAGAUGUUGAUGGUAUCAUAAAUGUCAAGUCAAUGUAUAGAAUCAAGAGAAACUGGCAAGGAGAUCCUUGUACGCCUCUGGCUUACUUGUGGGAAGGUCUUAACUGCAGCUAUGCUGAAUCUGGUUCGGCAAAGAUUGUAUCCUUGAACUUAUCUUCCAGUGGUUUAAUUGGUAAUAUAGCUUUUGGCAUAUCCAAUCUGCAGUACAUAGAGUAUUUGGAUUUGUCAAACAACAACUUGACCGGGGCCGUGCCUGAAUUCCUUCAUCAACUACGCUUCUUAAGAGUUCUAAACCUAGAAAACAAUCAGCUAUCAGGAACAAUUCCAACGCAACUCAUUGCACUUUCCCAGAACGGUUCACUUGAAUCCUAUUUUGGUGGAAAUCCAAAUCUUUGUACAACAGGCUCAUGCAAUAAGAAUGGGAACAGGGUUGUAGUUCCACUGGUUGCAUCGCUGGGAGGAGCUUUUCUGAUACUAAUAAUAGCAGUGAUUUCUUUCUGCAUACACAAAAAGAGACAACUAGCUCAGCUGAGAAAACAGAUGGCCUAUUCAAGAAUAAAAGAGGAACUAGAGUCUAAUAAACAAGAAUUCACCUAUGCUGAAGUCCUGACAAUGACCAAAAAUUUUGAAAGAGUUGUAGGGAAAGGAGGAUUUGCAACAGUCUACCAUGGCCGGAUAGAUGAUACUGAGGUAGCUGUCAAAAUGCUCUCUCCUUCAUCCCAAGGGUAUCUGCAAUUUAAGGCAGAGGCCAAAUUUGUUGCUGUAGUUCAUCAUAAAUUUUUAACUUCUCUAAUAGGAUAUUGUGAUGAUAGCGAGCAUAUGGCUCUCAUCUAUGAGUAUAUGGCUAAUGGAGACUUGUCAAAACAUUUAUCAGGCAAAAGCAAAAAUAUAUUGAGUUGGAACCAACGACUUCAAAUUGCAGUAGAUACUGCAGAAGGAUUGGAGUAUUUGCAUCAUGGCUGCAAUGCGCCAAUUGUUCACAGAGAUGUUAAGACUAAAAACAUCUUGCUGAAUGAAAAAUUGAGGGGUAAACUAGGUGAUUUUGGGUUGUCAAAGAUCUAUCCUGAUGAAAGUGACACCCAUAUGAUCACAGGGGUAGCCGGAACCCUUGGAUAUCUUGAUCCAGAGUACAAUAGAUCAAACAGGUUGAAGGCAAAAAGUGAUGUUUUCAGUUUUGGAGUAGUUCUGCUUGAGAUAAUUACAGGUCAACCUGCUAUAAGCAAAUCUGAAGAGAAAAUUCACAUAAUUCAAUGGGUUGAUUCUGUGCUACUUGAAAAGGAGAUCAAAGAUAUUGUAGAUUCAAGAUUGCAGGGAGAAUUUGACAUUGAUUCUGUGAAGAAGGUCUUAGACACUGCAAUGGCUUGUGUAGCACCCAUUUCUAUUAAUAGGCCAACCAUGAGUCAUGUAGUUCAGGAACUGAAACAAUGUUUGUCAAACAAGAUGAUUCUUCCCUUUGACUCUGGAAAUCUUAAGAGUUCAUCCAACAACUCAAUCACUGUCUCCUUUGAUGGAAUUAGUGGUGAGAGCUCUCUAGUGAGAUAGUGAAUUUGGAAAAGUUUUGGUGUAAAUGUACAAGUUUAUUAUUAUCAGUGUGACAAAAAUUACACUAAA